AUGGGUCAGCCCGUGCCUAAUGUUCAACAUGCUGUCUCAGUACAACUGCCGACCUGGGAUGACAUUAAGGAAAUGUUCACCGGUGCACCCAGGGUAAAGAAUGCUCAACUUACUGGGUAUCCACGGUCCUUUAUCCAUCAAGAUGUCAACCAGUUCAAUAGAGCAUGCAUUGAAAAGUUCUCCAAUGAUGCCAGCUCGUGCUUCUUCUUUCCAUCUCUUGACUACGCGCGGGCGUGUCGUGACUUUGCCACGUCCGUGGAAGUCCACAGCGAAGCCGCGUUGCCGGAUGAUAUCCUGUCUAUCCGCUCACUGGAAAUCGAACUUGAGCCGGCCUUGAAAGACGAAGAGAUAGGUUUUAUCACUUUGCACGGUGUGUUUUGUCCUAAGGAUCGUGAACUGCCUCUUCGCACCUUCUGGCGCUUGGUCGGCGUCGGGAUUUCCUCCCGACUGGCUGAAAACGUGAAUGCUCGAAUGCGAACUAUUCGUGAUGUGACUGGGGACACUCGCAAAGAGCAUCCAAGCGUGCGCGGUCGAUGGUCGGAGCGUCCUCAUCGCAAGCUGUGCCAGCGUAUCGCCAAUCUUCUUGAGCGAGCUCCAAGCUGUACCACGAGGAGCGAACUCGUCGCUCGCGAUGAUGUUUAUCUCUAUUCCACCGGAAUGGCGGCCAUAUACCAUGCGCAGGAGCUUCUGCUCAGAAGGAUUGGAGGACCCUCUGUGGUCUUCGGGUUUCCGUAUGAACUCACUCUGAAACUCGUCGAGACUUUCGGCCCGGGAGCAAAAUUCUUCCCUUUCGUCGGGGAAGCUGACCUCGAGCAGCUGGAGGAGUUCUUGGCCCAGCAAUUUGCUGCCAGGACUCCGGUGCAGGCGAUCUGGUGCGAAUGCCCUUCGAACCCUCUGCUGCGCACGGCCAACAUGCAACGGGUCCGCGCCUUGGCAGACAAGUUCGAUGCUGCUGUCGUGGUUGAUGAGACCAUUGGUGGUUUCGCCAACGUUGAUUUGCUGGGUGUGGCCGAUAUGCUGGUCACGUCUUUGACCAAGAGCUUCAGCGGCUCUGCCGAUGUUAUGGCGGGAAGUAUCGUGUUGAACUCUGCCUCGUCUUUCUAUCCAGACUGGAAGAAUGACCUUGAGCUGAACUACCGAAAUUACCUCUACGGUGGCGACGCUCAGCAGCUCGAAGAAAACAGCCGUGAUCUAUUAAUGCGCACCACGCACAUUAAUAACAGCGCCAGCUACUUGGCUGAGUCUCUCCAGCCCCUGUGCGACGAUCCGAAGAGCGCCAUUACCCAUGUAUAUCACCCCAAGCUAGACCCUCAGCCUGAGAACUACCGUGCUCAAAUGCGCCAGCCGACCGAAGAGUUCAUACCCGGUUACGGUGGGCUAUUCACCAUUCAAUUCGAGGAUGUUGAGCAAGCAAGUGUCUUCUUCAAUGCUUUGAACGUGCACAAGGGUCCAUCCCUCGGAGCUCCUGUCACAUUGGCCCAACCUUACGUACAAACGGUUUUCCACAAGCAGAAGGCCUGGGCUGGUGAGUGCGGUCUACAUGAAUCCAUCGUGCGGGUAUCAGUUGGACUAGAAGACAAGCGUGCGCUUUUAGCUGCGUUCCGAACCGCGCUGGCCGAGGCGGAUGCCAUGAAGGCCUCUCGAAUCCAUGGCGUUAUUAGUGAAAAUGGAAACGCUUCUGAAGAUAGCGGACUAACGGAUGAGGUCGCAAACACUCCACCGUCCACACAUGCGGAGGACACGGCAAAUAGUGACCAUGAGUAA